CGAGCGUCAUCGUUAAUACACAAACGAUUCUCGAGUUGCAUACAUCUAUUGCUGUUUUGCGAUGUAGCUGAUCUGUAAUAACGACCAUCAACCAAGCGGUGUGCAGGUUGGAAAUAUUAAAUCGUUACCGGCACACCGAACUGUACAACUCCAUACAUGACGUCACUGUCUGAGUCCCGCCCCUAUCUCUCCCUCCGCCGCGGACGCGUCUUCCUCCCCCCUCCUCCCUUCAAGCCAAUGCUGCUGCUUCCGCCGCCGUUGCGGAAAAUAGAGGAAGAAGCAAUAUUAACCCGAAAGAAAAAAUAAUCCGAGCCCAAUGCCUCGGGGCCGACCUCCGAAAUCGCGCGGUGUGAACGCACCACAUCCAGAUUUUUCAGAAGGUGCAGAGACAUUAAAUGCUGAGAAUAAUAAUGUAUAUCAUGGAACAACUCACAAGUGUGGCAUCUGCUUACUUACCUUCCCGAAAGAGUCUCAAUACCAGAGGCAUAUGCGUGAUCAUGAGAAAAAUGAUAAGCCUCAUAGGUGUGACCAGUGUCCAAUGUCGUUUAAUAUUGACUUCAACCUGACACUUCAUAAAUCUACACAUAAUGUGACUGACCCCACGUGUCCUGCAUGCAACAAGAAAUUCUCGCGUGUGGCCAGUCUUAAAGCUCAUAUUAUGCUUCACGAAAAAGAGGAGACCCUUAUCUGUUCAGAAUGUGGAGAUGAGUUCACACUACAAAGCCACCUGUCUCUGCAUAUGGAAGAACAUCGCCAGGAGCUUUCCGGGAGCAAGACCUUCAGUUGCAAGUCAUGCAAAAAGACAUUUGACACAGCACCACAACUCAAGGAUCACAUGAAAACGCACUUUAAAAUUAGAGUUGCAAGCACUAGGUCUUAUAAUCGAAACAUUGAUAGAAGUGGUUUUUCCUAUUCUUGUCCACAUUGCGGUAAAACAUUUCAAAAGCCAAGUCAGUUAACUCGUCACAUACGAAUACACACAGGUGAAAGACCCUUCAAAUGCAACCAAUGUGGGAAAGCUUUUAACCAGAAGGGGGCACUGGCAACUCAUCUGGUGAAACACACAGGGGAAAAGCCCUAUGCUUGUUCGUUUUGUCCAGCAGCCUUUUCUCAGAAAGGCAAUCUGCAGUCCCAUAUACAGCGUGUUCAUUCAGAGGUGAAGAAUGGUGUUACGUAUCACUGCACUGACUGCAGCUGUGUGUUUAAAAGCCUUGGCAGUCUCAAUACUCAUAUUAGCAAGAUGCAUGUGGUAGGAUCCCAAGCUACGUCAGCACCGUCUCUGCGACCGUCUCUCACGGAUGUCCCACAGGCACUUCCCAUUUCCGAUACAACCCUUGAACAGCAGGUACGUGACGAAGAGUGGAUGAAUACGGUAGUUUUCCGAUCUGUGCCAGCUCCGACGGACGCCACCGGCUCUACAGCUUCUGGGCAGCAAGGACAGCAGCCGGCUGUGACAGAUGUCAUCCAGCAGCUCCUAGAGCUGUCUGAGCCGGUGUCUGUAGAAAGCCAUCAGAAUCAACAAUCAGGGCAGCAACUUAACAUUGCCAUGGGGAUUAAUAGAGAUAUUUUGCAGCAAGCACUGGAAAAUAGUGGGCUCUCAUCGAUACCCGUUGCCACACUUCCCAGUGACACCAGCCAGACCAAGCCAGCUCUGCAAGAACUAGAAUGUCUUUCAAAUCAGCAACUGGAUUGCAAUGAUCAGGAGCAUGGCUUAGACCAAGACGAUCAGGACAAAGGAGACAAGACUGAGAAGAGGAUAAUAAAGAAGAAGUCAACUUUUACUGCAGGUUCUGUCCGUGAAGAGAGCGGAGUGCGGUGGCACGUCUGUACGUACUGCACGAAAGAGUUUAAGAAACCGAGUGACUUGGUUCGGCACAUUCGCAUUCACACGCAUGAGAAGCCGUUCAAGUGUAUGCAGUGCUUUCGGGCUUUUGCUGUGAAAAGCACCCUCACCGCUCACAUAAAGACGCACACCGGCAUUAAGGCAUUCAAGUGCGAUUUCUGUAUGAAAUGCUUUUCCACCUCCGGCAGUCUGAAGGUUCACAUUCGCCUACACACAGGUGUUAGACCUUUUGCUUGUCCACAUUGUGACAAAAAGUUCCGCACUUCUGGACACAGAAAGACUCACAUUGCGUCGCACUUUAAACAGUGCGAGCUGAGAAAACUGCGUCAGCAGCGUAAACCCGGCAAAGCUCGUACUGGGAAAACAAAUCUUCCGGUAUCAGAGAUCCCUUUACAAGAACCUAUUCUCAUCACAGAUCUUGGUCUAAUCCAGCCGAUUCCUCGGAAUAGUCAAUUUUUCCAAAGCUAUUUUAUAAACAGUUACGGGCAUGAAGUUGACAGACCGUACAAGUGUUAUUAUUGUCACCGAGCGUAUAAGAAAUCCUGCCACCUCAAACAGCAUAUCAGGUCCCAUACCGGAGAAAAGCCCUUUAAAUGUAUGCAGUGUGGAAGAGGCUUUGCAUCCUCCGGAGUACUCAAAGCACAUGUUCGGACACAUACUGGUCUAAGAGCUUACAAGUGUCUUAUAUGUAACGGAGCUUUUACUACGGGGGGAAGUCUCCGGCGUCACAUGGGUAUCCAUAAUGAUUUGCGACCGUAUAUGUGCCCUUAUUGUCAGAAAACAUUUAAAACCUCUCUAAAUUGCAAAAAGCACAUGAAAACUCACAGGUAUGAAGUGGCCCACCAGCUCCAGCAGCAUCAGCCCGCAGCAUCAGAAGAAACAACAGUAGACCAGAUCCACGUAUCUAAUCAGAUACAGGUGGAGAUUGAGGGUGAUGGACUCCAUCAGUCAAGCAAUGUUGUCUCACAACAGGAAGCCAUUUUACAGCUAAGUCCUCAACCAGUUCUGGAUACUGUUUCACCUGCAUUGGGCCAGACUCUGUCUGACCAGCCUCUGGAAACUGAUGAAGACAGGUAUGUUACUUCCCAACAUGCUCUGCAGGAAAACAUCACCCAAUAUGACUCCCAGGGAUUACAGCCUCAGUCUUUUGACCAGCAGGGUCUUCCACAAGUAGGCUUUUCUGUAACCGACGGGUUCAGUCACCAAGCCCAGUUCCCAGCUGUGCAGCAGUUGCAGGACUCGAGCACAUUGGAGUCUCAAGCAUUGUCAACCAGCUACCAACAGCCAGCUCUUCUGGAAGUCCCUACCUCCGACACCAUUAAUGUAGCCGCACAGCUAAUACAAGAGGAGACUCAUGAAGGAAUUGAACUGCAGAACCAGCGCACGCAAUUUUUAGAAUCCACGGAUGAUCAAAGCAGACGUGCCUACAGGUGUGAAUAUUGCAAUAAAGGGUUUAAGAAGUCCAGCCAUUUGAAGCAACACGUUCGUUCUCAUACCGGAGAAAAGCCCUAUAAAUGCACAAUGUGCGGCCGGGGCUUUGUUUCAUCAGGCGUCCUUAAGUCACACGAGAAGACACACACAGGAGUUAAAGCAUACAGCUGUACCAUAUGUAAUGCAGCAUUCACUACUAAUGGGAGCCUAACUCGCCAUAUGUCAACGCAUAUAAGCAUGAAACCUUAUAAAUGCCCAUUUUGUGAAGAAACCUUCAGGACCAUGGUGCACUGUAAAAAACACAUGAAAAAGCAUCAAAAUAUUCCUGCUGCUCUUGUUUCUGAUAGCGAAGGAACAACAAGGGAAGAAGGAGAUGUUUGUCUUGAAGAAGAGGAUGAAAACGCGGACAGAUCAGCUUCCAGGAAAUCCCGACAUGGAGUAAUAACCUUCACCGAAGAGGAAACUGCGGAGCUCGCGAAGAUUCACCCUCCUGAGGGGGCCACCAUUUCUGAAAAGGUCCUGGUUCAGUCAGCAGCAGAGAAAGACCGCAUUAGUGAGAUAAAGGACAAACAGGCGGAGAUGGAAACUGAGCCCAAGUUUGCCAACUGUUGUACAUACUGCCCCAAAAGCUUCAAAAAGCCCAGUGACCUAAUCAGGCACAUACGUAUCCACACUGGGGAGAAACCAUAUAAGUGCGAUGAAUGCGGAAAGACUUUUACCGUUAAGUCAACGUUGGAUUCUCAUGUGAAAACACAUGCAGGUCAGAAGCUCUUUAAUUGUCACGUUUGCACCAAUUCAUUUUCAACCAAAGGAAGCCUUAAAGUACAUAUGCGCCUCCACACGGGAGCAAAGCCCUUCAAGUGCCCACAUUGCGAUAUGCGCUUCCGCACAUCUGGACGCAGGAAGACUCACAUACAAUGUCAUUACAAAGCAGAUUCCAAAAAGAUCAGGAAACCCGUGGCACGCAGACAUCUUUCCCAAGCUGCCGCUUCAGUCUCCAGUACCACUUCCACCACUGCUGAGCCGCUUCAGUCAAUCAACCUACUUAACACUACUGCAACAGACCCAAGCGUCUACAUCGCCAACAGUUCUGUACUUUCCAGUCAGUUUGAUCAAAGCUUACUUCCGCAGGGACUGGUGGGACAAGCCAUUCUGCCAGCUUCUGUAUCAGCCGGCGGGGAUUUAACAGUGUCACUCUCAGAUGGCAGCUUGGCCACCCUGGAAGGAAUCCAAUUACAGCUUGCUGCCAAUCUUGUUGGCCAGAAUGUCCAAAUUUCUGGAAUAGAUGCUACAAGUAUAAACAACAUAACACUACAGAUUGAUCCCAGCCUUCUGCAGCAGACUCUGCAGCACAGCAGCAUUAUCCCUCAGCAGCUCCCUGGAGAUCACACCUCUGCCCAGACAGCUGGCAGCCUGCAGACAAGCGACGGUCCAGUAGCAGCUAAUGUAGUCAUUCAGCCCAUAGCAAGCCUGUCUCUGCAGCCCACCACCACAUCCACCUCUAAUCUCACCAUUGGGUCUAUGGCCGAGCAAGACGGCGUACUAACCUCCACUACAACAUCUGGCCAGGAACUUUCUCAGGUGAUGACGUCCCAAGGUUUGGUCUCUACCUCAAACGGACAGCAUGAGAUUACACUGACCAUUAAUAACUCUAGUCUCAGCCAUGUCUUGGCUCAUGCUACUGGAACCACACCGACCUCAGCAACUGGCUCGCCACAGGAGAUAACGCUCACCAUAUCUGGUCAAGAUAUUGUGGGGCUUGGCUCUUCAGGAAGCAGCGAUCUAAAUGGGAACUUGCGACUUAACACACCUACAAUUAGCACCCAGUCAACUGAGAGUGCCCUGUCGCUUAGCAGUGAUCACAUUUUAUCACAAAGCACGGCAUUAACUACCACUUCAGAGUUGACAACAUCUGCUGGCAGCCUUCCUUGUACCACUUCAAUAGCUCAAGCCCCUGUAUCCACUCAGAAUUUGGUAGUGUCAUCAGGAGUAGGUGGGGAUGGGACUGUAACGCUAACCCUGGCUGACACUCAGAGCAUGCUGUCUGGAGGCCUUGACACCGUCACCUUAAAUAUCACUUCGCAGAGUCAGCCGUUCCCUGGCAUCCUUUCAGAUAGCAGUUUAUCUGGACAAAAUGGCACUGGUUCCCAACAGGUCAUUCUGGUGAGCCAUGCAUCUCAACCCACCACCAACACCAGUGAGCUCAGCUACCAGGUUUCUGAUGAUGCCCACAUGGAAAAGAACAGUCAGGCUGAGAAAGAUGGCAGACUACAUCAGUGUUUUGAGUGCAAUCAUUACUUUCCUUCAGCCUCCAUAUUGGCAGAACACAACAAAGAAGCUCACGGCAAAGAAAGAAUUCAUGUCUGCCACCUGUGCAAUAAAGCGUUCAAGAGAGCGUCUCACUUAAAAGAGCAUAUGCAGACACACCAGCCCGGUCCUUCACGGAGUUCCCAAUUGCCGAAAUUAUUUAAAUGUGACACAUGCGAUAAAGCGUUUGCCAAGCCAAGCCAGCUGGAAAGACACAGUCGUAUUCAUACAGGAGAGCGUCCAUUUCAGUGCACACUUUGUGAGAAAGCUUUCAACCAAAAGAGUGCCCUACAGGUGCAUAUGAAGAAGCACACGGGGGAGAAGCCUUACAAAUGUGAUUACUGCUCAAUGACCUUCUCACAGAAAUGUAAUAUGAAGCUUCACAUGAAGCGCACCCAUGCCUACCCUGAUCUUAUAGAAGAGGUCUCCAUGCAGCCAGAUGAAGGUGAAGGUGAAGACAUCAGCCAAGCAUUAGAUUUGGAAGAAGUUGUCCAGGAGUCGUCUGGAGAUUGGCAAUGUGGAAUAACAAAUGUUUUCCGAUAGUUUAUGCAGAGUCUUAAUUCCUGACAACCUGCACAAAAUUAAAAUAUAAAAGUUUCAUCCAACUUUUGCUAUUGGAUGAAACUAGUGCUG